AAAUACCUUCUGCGGGACAGGAGGUAGAGCAAAACUGGUGUCCUUAGUUUACACUGCGUUUCUUUCUGCUACACGCAAGUGUCGUCCAACAUGAAUCCUGCAAGUUUCAGAGAUUGCAAGGCCUGGCAGGCGGAUGGUCUGUCUCUCUCCACCACCAGCAACGAGGCCUGCAAGUUGUUUGACGCCACGCUGUCCCAGUAUGCGACCUGGCGCAACGACGAAAGCCUAGGAGGAAUAGAGGGGUGCAUCUCCGCCAUGCAGAAGGCUGACCCCAACUUUGUGAUGGGUCAUGCGAUCGCGGCGGGGCUGGAGCUGGUGGGAACCGGGAGCUCGCUGCGGCUGAACGAGCGGCUGGCAGGCGACAUCGCGCGGCUGGUGGAGAUGGCGGCGGGCCAGAGCCUCACCCCACGAGAGCGCCUCCACGUCAGUGGCGUGGAGCACUUCGCCAAGGGACGUCACUCUGAAGCCUGCGAAGCAUGGGAAGAGAUCCUUCUAGAUCACCCCCGAGACAUGCUGGCGAUCAAGCUCGCUCACGACGGCUAUUUCUACCUGGGCCAGCAGACCCCCAUGCGAGACUCGUUGGCCAGAGUUCUUCACCACUGGACUCCGCAGAUACCCCUGUACAGUUACCUCAAGAGCAUGUAUUCCUUUGGUCUGGAGGAGACUCGUUGUUAUGACGAAGCAGAAAAGGUAGCAAAGGAGGGUCUGGAGAUGAACCCGCAGGACGGCUGGGCUGCUCACACCGUGGCCCACGUCCACGAGAUGAGGGCAGAGAUGGACAAGGGCCUGCAGUUCAUGGCCAGCACCGAGAAGGGCUGGGAGGUCUGUGACAUGAUUGCUUCUCACAACUACUGGCACUGGUCUCUGUAUUUCAUUGAAAAGGGUCAGUACGAGGAAGCCCUGACUAUAUUUGACAAUCAUGUGAUGCGCCUCUGCAAGGCUUCGGGGUCGAUGCUGGACAUGGUGGACGCCUGCUCCAUGCUCUACCGGCUGGAGAUGGAGGGUGUAAAUGUAAAGGAUCGCUAUCGGGAGCUGCUCCAGCAGACCAAGCCUCACACGGAGGACCACGUCCUGCUCUUCAACGACCUCCACUUCCUGAUGACGGCACUGGGAGCCAAGGAGGAGGCGACUUCACGCCGCCUGGUGGAAACUCUGCAGGAGCUUGCAGAAGCCCCGGGGGAGAAUUUGCAGCACCAGUUGGCGCGGGGCCUUGGGGUGCCCAUGUGCCAGGCCAUGGUGGCGUACGACCAGGGGGACUUCGGCAAGGCCGUGGAGCUUCUGCGUCCCCUCCGCUACCGCUUCACAGGCAUAGGGGGCAGCGACGCGCAGAGGGACGUCUUCCAGCAGUUGCUUGUGCAUUCGGCAUUGAAGUCGGAUAAGAAACAGCACCAGAAGUUUGCUAGAUGCCUGCUGGUGGAGCGUGACGCCGCCAGACCCAACUCUCUGCUCACCAACCGGCUGAUCCAGAGAGCCAACGCUCUGCACAUCUGAGGGCUGUUCUCCAUCUACCAACAGAUGGUCUUUCCUUUCGAAAAACAAAUAUAAAUCUUAGCAGUCCCAUAAUCCAUUAUGAAUCUGAAAGGAAUUAAGCCGUAUAUUAUAUUAGCUGCGCAUAUUUCAUAGCUGAAUAUCACGCAAUGAAACAAAUUUAUAGCCUUCAGUUAUGCAUUCGUAACAUUUUUUUUUUUUCUCCAAAUUUCAACGUUGCAAUCAAUUCAAAAGCAAGGAAUUCAACCCGGCAUUUGAUGGUGGCUGUCCUUUGUGUAUGUAAGGUGCCUUGCUCUUACAUUCAGUGAUGGUCAACCAAUUCAAACCAAGAGGACUGAUGUAGUCACUGUUCAAUGAUCAGCAGAUUCAAACCAAGAGGACUGAUGUAGUCACUGUUCAAUGAUCAACAGAUUCAAACCAAGAGGACUGAUGUAGUCACUGUUCAAUGAUCAGCAGAUUCAAACCAAGAGGACUGAUGUAGUCGCUGUUCAAUGAUCAGCAGAUUCAAACCAAGAGGACUGAUGUAGUCACUGUUCAAUAAUCAACAGAUUCAAACCAAGAGGACUGAUGUAGUCACUGUUCAAUGAUCAGCAGAUUCAAACCAAGAGGACUGAUGUAGUCACUGUUCAAUGAUCAGCAGAUUCAAACCAAGAGGACUGAUGUAGUCACUGUUCAAUGAUCAACAGAUUCAAACCAAGAGGACUGAUGUAGUCACUGUUCAAUGAUCAGCAGAUUCAAACCAAGAGGACUGAUGUAGUCACUGUUCAAUGAUCAGCAGAUUCAAACCAAGAGGACUGACGUAGUCACUGUUCAAUGAUCAACAGAUUCAAACCAAGAGGACUGAUGUAGUCACUGUUCAAUGAUCAGCAGAUUCAAACCAAGAGGACUGACGUAGUCACUGUUCAAUGAUCAACAGAUUCAAACCAAGAGGACUGAUGUAGUCACUGUUCAAUGAUCAGCAGAUUCAAACCAAGAGGACUGAUGUAGUCACUGUUCAAUGAUCAGCAGAUUCAAACCAAGAGGACUGAUGUAGUCACUGUUCAAUGAUCAGCAGAUUCAAACCAAGAGGACUGAUGUAGUCACUGUUCAAUGAUCAGCAGAUUCAAACCAAGAGGACUGACAUAAUCACAAGGUUAUGGCAUAAAUACGAUGCCCGGCCAUCUUGUAUUCACAGCCGUUUAUCACAGCUGUAACCUCGCCUGUUGCUUUGUGAGAGCACAAACCAACAGCCUCACUUGCACGGACACACCGCAGGUACCCAACUGGCCACAGGGGGGCGCUAGUGAGCGGUCUAAAACCAAUGUUGGUGACACACCAACGUCCUGCUGACUGUAGCUCCACCCCCUCUCCGCAGUGCCCCAGCCAAACACACACCACCCUUUUUAUACCGCUAUUUGUUAAAUCGUAUAUAAUUGCAUGUCUAAUCACAUGAGAUUAUGUUAAUGCUUAAGAAAUACAAUGUUGCCAAAGGCGUGCUUUUUAGACCAGCAUUUUAUUAAUAAACACUUACAAACCAUUAAAAAAAAGCAAAAUCAAAAUCAAUUCAGAAUGUUAACACAAAUAUACAGUCAUAAUUUGAUUAUAUGUAACAGCUCCAAUAAAAACAUAUUUCCAAUUUCAA